GAAAAAAAAAAAAAAGAAAGUGUUGAACCCCUAAAAAGAGUCGCUUUAGCUUUGACCCCUCCUCUUUCUUUCUUUCUUUACUUGGUAGACCCAAUUCUCUUUUAACACACUCUCAGUCUCAAAGACCAAAGCUUUUCCAUUGUCUCUCUUCUUUUCUCUCUCUUGUCUCCACACAUUUUCAGGGAGGAUGAGCUCUCACACAUUUCCCUUCUUUUAUUAUCUCUGUCCACAGUCCUUUGAAUGAAUGAGUGUGUAGUGAGUGCUCUCAUUGAGCCCCACCGAGAAAGCAAAACACUCUCAAAGCUAUGAUCUUUUGAAGUCAGCGUCUGGGUCUUUGUGGGGUUGUGGAUCAAACAGUUAAUGUAGGAAAUCUACUACUCUUCUGCUUAUGGGUUUGAAGAUGAAAGCAAGUAGGACAGCUGGGGAAUUGGACAUGUUUGGAGCUGAGUAAUGGGUUUUCCGAUUCUGAUCUAUGUAACAAAUCUGCUUUGUUUCGAUGGCCUCAAAACCCAGUUCUGGAACUUCCCCAGUAAAGCAAAGAAAAGCCUCUAGUAAUCAUACACCAGAAGGAAAAUCCCACAGGCCUUCACCUUUACAGGUUACAAAGACAAGCAAAUCAGAGCCAGUUACCCCAAGAGAACCACCUCAGAGUGUACAAGUUGCAUCAAAACAGGUUUCCAUAGUGACAACAGAGGAUAAGAAAUCACUGAUUUCCCAAAAAUCAGACAAUGUAAAUCUUUUAUCUGAUAAGCUAUCUUCAGGUUUGGCCUUUGUUGAUCCAAAACAGAGGCCAACAUAUGCGGGUCCUGAAGUAAGUGAGACUACAGACUUCCCAGAAAGUAGUGCAGAACAAGAAAAUAAAGUUAUACAGCACGAAAAUAGCCCUGGUUCUGCUAAGGUUAGUGAUGGGACCAGCAGCCUUGCAAAGACCAGUGGAAGUGCUAAAGUAAGUGAACGAGCUGAUUUUGUUGAGAGUGGGAAAAGCAGUGUGAACAGAGGGAGCACAAGCAGUGAUAUUAGUGAUGAAAGUACAUGUAGCAGCUUAAGUAGUAGUAUCAACAAACCUCAUAAAGCCAAUGAUAUACGGUGGGAAGCUAUACAGGCAGUGCGUGCAAAAGAUGGUGUAUUGGGCGUGAACCAUUUUAGAUUGUUGAAGAGGUUGGGCUGUGGGGACAUUGGAAGUGUGUAUCUCUCAGAGUUGAGUGGAACAAAGUGUUAUUUUGCAAUGAAAGUUAUGGACAAAGCUUCUUUGGCAAGUCGUAAGAAACUUCUUCGAGCUCAAACAGAGAGAGAAAUACUCCAAUGUUUGGACCAUCCCUUCCUUCCAACACUCUAUACACAUUUUGAGACGGACAAAUUCUCAUGUUUGGUAAUGGAGUUCUGCCCUGGUGGUGACUUGCACACGCUUCGACAAAGGCAACCAGGAAAGCAUUUUUCUGAACGGGCAGUGAAGUUCUAUGUAGCAGAAGUUCUCCUUGCUCUGGAAUAUCUUCAUAUGCUUGGAAUUGUUUACCGUGACCUUAAGCCAGAAAAUGUUCUUGUUCGUGAAGAUGGACAUAUAAUGCUUUCUGACUUCGACCUUUCCCUCCGGUGUGCAGUUAGCCCAACAUUAGUCAAAUCUUCAGCACCUGAAGGUGAUCCCUUGCGCAGGAACCCAGCUUAUUGUGUUCAACCGGCUUGCAUUGAGCCAUCUUGUAUUCAGCCAUCGUGUGUGGCCCCUACAACAUGUUUUUCUCCUAGACUCUUUUUAAGCAAAUCCAGAAAAGAACGGAAACCCAAGAAUGAAAUGGGAAAUCAAGUCACUCCACUGCCUGAGCUUAUUGCGGAGCCAACGGAUGCUCGAUCCAUGUCCUUUGUAGGAACACAUGAAUACCUGGCCCCUGAAAUUAUAAAAGGUGAAGGGCAUGGAAGUGCUGUAGAUUGGUGGACUUUUGGUAUCUUUCUAUAUGAACUACUUUUUGGGAAAACUCCAUUCAAGGGAUCUGGUAACCGAGCCACUCUGUUCAAUGUUGUGGGUCAGCCAUUACGAUUUCCUGAGUCACCGGUUGUAAGUUUCUCAGCAAGGGAUCUGAUAAGGGGAUUGCUAGUGAAAGAACCACAGCACAGGUUGGCUUAUAAACGAGGAGCAACAGAGAUCAAGCAACAUCCUUUCUUUGAAGGGGUGAAUUGGGCUUUGAUUCGAUGUGCCAGUCCACCUGAGAUCCCUAAGCCGCCUGAGAUAGAGCAUAUUCCAGCUCCACCAUCAACAAGUGGUAAAGGUGCACCUGCUGUUCUUCCUGAGCAGAAUAAUUAUCUGGAAUUUGAUUUCUUUUAGUUGUCCUUGGAACUGAUAUUCUAUUUGUUUUUCACCCCCAUAUGUAGAGUCUCUAGAACAUCGAAGUUGUGGAAAGUAGGGUUUUUGAAUUGAUUAGUCAUUUUAUAUGUUCAAUGUUGCUUUAAAACGUUUUGAUAUUUGUAUUGAAGGAAGUUGAAUAUCUGCUAUAGUGAAUGUUCUCAAAUGUACAACAUGGAUUUGAUUUCUUC